ACAGCAGAUAUUAACAGCUCAGAAGUGGAAGUCCUCUACUUACAGAAUGUCACCAUGGAGGAUGCUGGUGAAUACACCUGUCUGGCUGGAAAUUCUAUCGGCUUGUCCUACCAAUCCGCCUGGCUUACCGUGCUUCCAGAUGAAGAAGAAGUUGAAGAAGCAUAUGCUCCUGAAAUCAAAUACACUGAUAUAAUUAUCUACACUUCAGGGUCUUUAGCUAUUGUUAUGGCUAUUGUCAUUGUUGUCUUAUGCCGCAUGCAAAGUCAGUCAAGCAAGCAACCUCUAGAACCAAUCGCUGUGCACAAACUCUCCAAAUUUCCUCUGAUCCGACAGUUCUCCUUGGAAUCGAGCUCCUCAGGGAAGUCCACAACGUCACUAAUGCGUGUUACUCGCCUCUCCUCAAGCUGUACUCCCAUGCUAGCUGGAGUGAUGGAAGUGGAAUUGCCAUUGGACUCCAAGUGGGAAUUCCCACGAGACAGGCUGGUGCUAGGCAAGCCCUUAGGUGAGGGCUGUUUCGGGCAGGUGGUGAGAGCAGAAGCCUAUGGGAUUGAUCCUGAACGUCCAGAACGGCCUCUCACUGUGGCUGUCAAAAUGCUGAAAGAUAAUGCUACAGAUAAAGACCUGGCUGACCUCAUCUCAGAAAUGGAGAUGAUGAAACGAAUGGACCAACACAAGAAUAUCAUAAACCUAUUGGGUGUCUGUACCCAAGAUGGUCCUCUCUAUGUGAUUGUGGAGUUUGCUGCCAAGGGGAAUUUGCGAGAGUAUCUGCGAGCUCGCCGACCUCCGACACCUGAUUACACAUUUGACAUUACCAAGAUGCCAGAGGAGCAGCUUUCCUUCAAAGACUUGGUUUCUUGUGUUUACCAGGUGGCCCGUGGCAUGGAGUAUCUGGAGUCCAAGAGGUGCAUUCAUCGGGACCUGGCCGCUCGCAAUGUUCUUGUUACUGAAGAGAAUGUGAUGAAAAUUGCUGAUUUUGGUUUGGCCCGUGGAGUUCAUGACAUAGACUACUAUAAGAAAACCAGCAAUGGUCGCUUACCUGUAAAAUGGAUGGCACCAGAAGCUCUGUUUGACAGAGUGUAUACACACCAAAGUGAUGUGUGGUCCUUUGGUAUUCUCAUGUGGGAAAUUUUUACAUUGGGUGGCUCCCCCUAUCCUGGCAUCCCAGUGGAAGAACUUUUCAAACUCCUGAAAGAAGGUCACCGAAUGGACAAGCCCUCCAACUGCACCCAUGAACUGUACAUGAUGAUGAGAGAGUGCUGGCAUGCUGUACCUUCCCAACGACCCACCUUUAAGCAGUUAGUGGAGGGAUUGGAUAAAGUCCUGGUUGCUGUCUCGGAGGAGUAUCUGGACCUGUCAAUGCCUUUUGAACAGUAUUCCCCAUCCUGUGAAGACACAACCAGCACCUGUUCCUCUGAUGAUUCAGUCUUCACUCAUGAUCCUUUGCCAAUCACCCCUUGCCUUUUUCCUUAUCAUAAUGUAAGGACAUGAAGAGAGAGACAGGCCGUGGACACUAGGGAAGGUGGCAUUUUGGGGAUUCCCCCCCCCCCCUCCAUUCCUAAAGGAUUACCUAAUUUGAGAACCGAAGUUCUCAGAAUGUCCCUGGUGGAAGAAACUGCCUGGAGCUAUAUUAGCCAGAACUAAAAGUCGCAUCAAGCUUCUGGAAUCUGCUGGACAUCUGCUGCCCAAAGUUCACCAACAAGGACCAGAUGGUUUCCUUACAUCUGUCUGCCGAUGCUCCGAGCACUAAUACUGAUGCUUCAAUACCUUGUAAUCUCAGGUCCCCUCAAAGCUGUUGUUCUAGCUGAGCCUUCAGUGCAGCUAGCUGACUGAAGACAAGUAAGACCAGUUUAAUAGGAAGUAACUUAGUCCUGAAAAGAAGGACACUCUCUAACGGCAGGAGCUCUUGGGAGCAUCACAGGGUAUCCUGCUUAUUUUUCUGAUACCAUUCCCAAUUUAAUUAUACUUUAAAGAGACUUCAUGAUUUUGGCAGGAGUCAGCCAGCCAGCUUUCUCAGGCUGUCCCAUCCUUAUCUGGACAUACAAUCCCAAGGAUGUCCUAUCUGGGACACGGACCUUUCCUUCUGGCUCCUGAUGUCCUCUGUACAUAACCCUAGAGAUAAAUAUUUAUGUACAUAUCACUUCUAAUGCACAUGAAUGACCCACACCCAUAAAUUAUUUUUUUGGAGUAGAA